AUGUCGGAAUUUGUAAAAACGCGAGAUUCGGCCCUUAAAGCUAUCAAAAGAUACUUGACAAAGAGCCUAGAUGAAACAUUCAUGCUCGACAUAGAUGGCGUCGAGAGUUAUUUAGGGUUAUUGAGUGAGCAAUGGAACCGUUUCAACACCGCUCAAGAUGCCGUGGAAAAUUCGUGUGGAAGUGAAAACGCCGAUGUGGAGGAUAAUGUUCGCGAACAGGCCGAAUCUUGGUAUGCCACGGCUCUGGCAAAUUUUAGGCGUGUGCAGAAAUGUAAAGUUGAUCCUUCAUCGCAACCCAUAACCGCUUCACCCAUUGUUUCUGCAUCCAUACGUCUGCCCAAAAUUGAUCUUCCAACGUUCACUGGCGAUUCCACUGAAUGGACUGCCUUCUAUGACUCCUUCCGUUCAUUAGUUGAUGGCAAUGCUGCCUUGUCAGGGGGGCAGAAGUUGCAUUAUCUACGUAGCUGUUUGAAGGGGGAUGCGCUGAGUAUAAUAAGUGGAUUCCAGAUCAGUGACGCCAACUACGAUGAGGCUUAG